AUAUAUAUAUAAUUUCUGCCCUUCCUCCUGUACUGUACUGAUUCGCCAUCUUUUCUUCGUCGAGAGAUUUCGCCCCCUCCUUUUAAAGCUUUCUUUCGCCUCUCGCCGUCUUCAUCAGAAACAACAGAGGUAGUAGAAGCGAACAAUUAAAAAAAAAAAGGCUCAGGGCUUUGGUGUGUUGUAAGAACAAGAAGAAGAUAAAUGAAGAGCAGCGUCAAGGCAGCUCCUUUCAGCUCAGAUUUUUACUGUCAAUCUUCUUUCUUCUACAGGGGAAACGGUGGUGGUCUUGAAGAGAUUCAUCAACCCACCACUGGUUUUCACCACGAAGAAGCUGUUGAUUUAAGCCCAACGCCUGCAGAUGUUACUGUUGAUUGCACCAACUUACACUACGCGACGUAUGAUACGGUUAUGGAUUAUGGAUUGAGGGAUGGAGUUGAAGGAGAAGCGGGUUGUUUGGACACUGGGCAAUCGGUAUUCCAGAAAGGGAUAACGAUCGGAGCGAUGACAACGUCGGUGAAUGGGUACUGCGGCAACACUGUAGAGAAAUGUUGCGACUCAGUUUCUGCCAUGGCAGAUAACAGCCGACAUACUGACACUUCCACAGAUAUUGAUACUGAUGACAAAACCCAGUUGAAUGGAGUUCAGCAAGGGAAGGACUGUGCAGAUCAAUCCAAGGCGAUAUCUGGGAACCAAAAGACACUUAGGAGACAGGCUCAGAACAGAGAAGCUGCAAGGAAAAGUAGACUGAGGAGAAAAGCGUAUGUUCAGCAGCUCGAAAACAGCCGACUCAGGCUAGCUCAACUUGAGGAUGAGCUCAAAAGUGCUCCCCAACAGGGAUAUCUUGUUGAAAGUGGAGUUCCAGUGGAUCAUUCUCAUAAAGUUUCUAGUAAUGGGACCUUUGCAUUCGAAUUGGAAUAUGCUCGCUGGAUCGAGGAACAUGAGCGGCUGAUCAGUGAUCUACGAUCAGCUGUUGACUUGCAGUUGGGAGAUACCGAGCUACGAGUGAUGGUAGAUGCUGUGAUGGCUCACUAUGAUGAGAUCUUCAGGUUAAAGGGUAUUGGCUCUAAAGCCGACGUCUUUCACAUGCUUUCUGGCAUUUGGACAACGCCCGCUGAGAGAUUUUUCAUGUGGCUUGGUGGGUUCAGAUCCUCUGAACUACUCAGGGUACUGAGAAACCAUCUGGACCCAUUGACGGAUCAGCAGUUUCUAGGCAUUUGUAACCUUCAGCAGUCAUCUUUGCAAGCCGAAGAAGCAUUGUCUCAGGGCAUGGAAGCUCUGCAACAGUCUCUUAUGGAGACACUCUCCUCUACUGCUUCAUUGGUCUGUCCGAAUUCUCCGGCCAAUGUUGCAGAUUACAUGGGGCAAAUGGCAGUUGCAAUGAGCAAACUCUCCACCCUCGAGACCUUCCUUCGUCAGGCGGAUCUCUUGAGGCAACAAACGUUGCAGCAGCUGCAUCGGAUUCUGACCACACGCCAAUCGGCCCGAGCGUUCCUGGUAAUCCACGACUACGUUUCCCGACUAAGAGCACUGAAUUCUCUAUGGUUAGCUCGCCCAGAGGACUAAAAAACAUCGUUCCAUCGAUCCAUCAAAUGCCAUAGUAUUAGUAACUUAGGUGUAUAAGGUCCGAGUUUUUAAGACAGCUUUCAUUCUCUGAUUCAUUAGAUCAAUAUAUGUAUUCGGGCCUACCCAAAUCCCGUCCGGCUAAACCCAACCAAACUCGAUGUCCGAAUUGAAUCCGGUCUGAAAGUCCAAAAUUUUUCGGGUCUAAAAAUUAAAGCUCGAAUCUGAUCAUUUUUCGGAUGGAUUCGGAUCGGAUUUCGACCUCGUACUAAUACCCUAUUUGUGUGUUUAUUGAUAUCCCUAUAUAUAUAUAUAUUUGAAGUUCUCCUC